UUUAGGGGAAAAGCGGUGAGACCUCUCUCGGCGAAAGUUUCGGGAGAGAGAGAGAAAUGGCGACGGAGUCAUCGGAAUCGGAGGAAGAAGGGAAGAUCAGAGGAGGGAACGAUAAGCUGAUUGUGGACGACGAUCUCCGAGAGAUGGGGAAGAACGCUGCUUGGAGCGUCAGCUCUUGCAAGCCCGGCAAUGGCGUCUCCGCUCUUCGCGACGACAAUCUCGAGACCUACUGGCAAUCAGACGGAUUGCUGCCUCAUCUGGUUAACAUUCAGUUCCAGAAGAAAGUGAAAUUGCGGUUAGUGAUUCUGUACGUUGAUCUUAAGCUUGACGAGAGCUAUACUCCCAGUAAAAUAUCUAUUCGAGCCGGUGAUGGCUUCCACAACUUGAAGGUGAUUAAGAAUGUGGAGCUUGUAAAGCCAACUGGAUGGGUUUACAUAUCCUUGUCUGGAGCGGAUCCACGGGAAACUUUUGUUAAUACGUUCAUGUUGCAAAUAGCUGCUUUAUCAAAUCACCUCAAUGGGAGAGAUUCUCACAUCCGUCAGAUCAAAGUUUACGGCCCUAGACUGAAUCCAAUUCCGAAUCAACAGUUUCAGUUUACUUCAAUGGAAUUUAUCACUUAUUCAACCGUGAGAUGAGUAAUCUGAGCAAGAGAGCAGGUAAAUUUUUUUAGUUAAAUUUGGUUUUGAAGCUAGAAAUGUCAUGGUGUUGUGCUACCACAUCUACUGAAGUGUGCAAACAACAUGUAAAGGCAUUUGCUUAUAUACAUGAGAUAUACAACAUGGUAA